AUGUUUGGAGUUAUUGUGGGCUUAGGCGUGGGACUUGUUCCCGCUCUACUAAUUUAUUUUGCUGUGCGUACGAAGUACGUCUUACAACUCAUUCAACAAAAAUUCGAUGAAUCAAAAAAGAACAUCGACGCAAAUAGAGAAGACAACUACAUCUCUUCCGAAGAGUACAUUUUCAUCAAAAGAACACAAAACCCGAAGUAUAACACUUUGAUUAUCACUGGAGACUCCGAGGAAACAAACAAAGACAAGAAAGAUGUUAAAAAAGAGACAAAAAGUGUUGUGUCGUUGAGUGACAAAGGGAUUUUGAUACAAGUUGAGACAGAAGAGUAUUACGUAUUGUAUACAGAUAUCACAAGCGCGACAGUACCAGGUACUUUUCUAAGAUAUCUUCCCGGUGAUGGUCUUAGGAUAACAGCAGUCACACAAAUCUUCCCAUCAUAUUAUGAAGUCGAAAUGCACUUUGAGACGGGCAUUGCACUCGAACGUUUCUACCUCAGUUUGAUUCAAAACAUCUCGGAGACAACUUCAAGUGCUUCCGUGUCAUUAAACUGUUUGAAAGACACGGACGGCUUGUCUGAUAUCGACAAGGCCAAGCGCGUCAAGUGUUAUGCAAAGCACUUCUCGUUAGUGUUGGACAACAUCACAUUAUUGAAAGGAGGAGAGUCAUUGGGGUGGUUCUAUGGUGCGAACUAUUUGGCGCACAGAGUCUUCUUCACGUUUUAUAAUAACAACGUCUUCCUUAAUUUGAUCAAGAAGGUCAUCCAGACCAAAAUUAACAAGAACCCCCUCCCUUCUUUCGUUGAGAAGUUUGAGUGUAGUGAAUUUCAGAUGGGACCGUUCCUUCCCGUGUUCAAUGAUCCCGAAGUCCGCACAACAAAUUCUCCAGAUAAGACCUUUGUUGAUGCAACAAUACAUUAUUUGGACGGUUUCACUAUUAAAUUCAACGUGAAGUUGAAAUUGUUAUUUGGAACUAUUACAGUCACCGCUAUAGCUAAGUUGGAAAAAUUGGACGCACUCGUCAGAUUAAUGUUUCAAAGCAUCCCAACUAACAUCGUCUGGUUUGCGUUCACAACAGAACCUCAAAUGGAAAUCAAAAUUGAGAUCCCAAGUUUACAGUCCAGGGCGGUGCCAGACGUUGUCCAAAAGAAAGCAGAGAGCUUUAUAAUGCUAUUCGUACGAAAGGAAAUCCUUGGGAGCUUUGUGUUGCCUAAUAUGAAGCCAGUAGAAAUACCAGACCCUUCUAAAGACAUGGAAACACAAAUCAAUAACUCACUCGAAAAGUUCAAAUAUGAAUCCCCUACUGCUUUGGCAGACUACUCGAGACACAAAAAGUUCUUUAAAAAGGCAGAAGAGACAAUGGAAUUUCAGAAAAGAUUUGUGAAGCUCAACAACUGA